CUUUGAUAUUGUCGUCAGAAUACCGUGAUCUUCAUUCAUAAUUUACAUCGAGCCUCAUAAUCCCUCUCUACUUUUUUUCUUUGUCAUCUCAUUUGGUACUAUAGAGUGCUGAUUGAGUAUGGCUCGUUUUGCUCUACAUCGGGACGAAGCAACUUCUCUCACGCCUAAUCCACCUUCAUCACCAACAUCAGCCUCGGACAAAGAAAAUCGGCGACAAAGUACCAACAAGCGGACGCAAGCCGCGAUGGCACCCUCGCGUCUGAGCAAACGACCUCGACUCACAGACCGCGAUUCUAAUAUUCAGUCGCGAGGACCCCCGCCAUCUCAACGCAACGGGGAUACCAGAUACUAUGAUCCAGAUCAAGAUGCCGACGAACGGCGACGCGUGCGGAGAGAGCUGAGGGAUUUAAACAGAGCACUGAACGACUCACGAGGCGAGUUCAUGCAAUCUGGAAAUGACGGUCUUUUCAAGACGGUUGAAAAGGCAAAUGAGAUUUUCGUCCAAGUGAAGCAGACCUCUGACGCUACGAUCGAUUCUCGCCUCCUGGUUAACGCUGCAGACCUAUCGCACAAGAAAACCGCCCAGCUUGCCCUUGGCGACGCCUCCGCUGGAAUCGACGUCGAUGAGUUUGUCUCGAAGUGUAUAUCAUUCAUGCGCCGCGAACCUACCAGCGAAACGAGUACACCACGCGGGACGCAAGGGCGUCGAGGACGACCUCGCCAAAGCCAGCGCGACCCAUAUGCGAGCGAUGAAGACGAAGGCGAUGCAAUGAACUGGGACUACCUGGGUCAGAUGGCCUGCUUCCCACAUAAUGCCAGGCCAGUCGUGUCAGGGUGGUUAUUGGGCCCGCUCUCGGUGCAGAAACGUGUGCGUGCAAUAACCCAGCGUCAAGCACGAGAAGCGAUCGAUCCGGAAUUGGCAGUGAAACCCACAGAAUUGCAACAGCAUGAUCUCGGUCAGCAGGAUAGCGUCAAUCUGACAACGACAUGUUCAUAUAUCAACAAGCUGCUAGGAGACACCCAGCAAGAACGUGAAAGGGAAGCCGAGAGAAAGCUGACGGAUGUCGGAAAUCCCACCGAGGACCAGAUCCAACUGGUGUUCGACGAGUGUGGUAUUGCUGACGACGGCGGAAUCCCCUUGUUCGCCUUCUGCAUCGACCCAGAUUCAUUUGGACAAAGUGUCGAAAACCUGUUCUACGUGAGUUUCUUGGUUCGUGAUGGGACCGUCGGUAUAUCCACAGAUAGUCGCCAGUUGCCGACGCUUCACCCCGCGAAACCCUAUGCGCCUAGUGAAGCCCAAAGGCAUGGAAUUCAAAAACACCAGGCUGUGUUCAGCUUGGAUUACGAAACGUGGGAACAACUCAUCAAGGUGUUUAAUAUCAAGAAGCCAAUCAUCCCUCAUCGCGAAGAGAUCGAGGGAGAAACCGGCAUGAGCUGGGUCUAGGCACGAGCAAUGAUCUCAUGAGUUAGAAUUUGUUGAUACCCCUUUUUGCGUUCUAUAGACCAAUGCAUUAAUCAAGUGAAC